ACGAAAUUUGUUUCACUUUUCGAACCAUCAAACUGACUGUGCUGUGAACUUCAAGCGAAAGAGUUUAGGAAGUCGCGUUCGCUUUAAUUUAUCGUUCCGUCGGUCGAAACCAGUGCGCGGAAGGUUUCAACUCGCGAUUUCUCGAACGGAGCGCAAGAAAUUGCAUCUGCCUAUGGUCCCGGUGGAAGUAACGGAGAUAAUUGUACGGAGCAGGAACAUUCUCCGCGCGGCGCAUACGGAACAGCAGGGACCAAGAAGAAGAAGACCUACUCGGUUUGUUGGAGGAACGCAGGUCCCGUAGGAAAAAGUUGGAAGAAGAUCACGUCAAUCGACGAAAAGUUUGCUCGGGAUUUUGUUAUUUUCCGGUGGCGGAUCUGGAGGACAAUCACACAGUGCGGAAUUUCGCAACAGUGGUGCAAUUUUGUGCGGAACAAGUGUCGCGGGGCAGUUUCCCGUGCGCCAGCUAUGAGCAGUUAGCUGUUUCCAAACUACUAUGAAUGUUUUCAACCAAGUGAUACCUAGUAUGAAUCCACAAGAACUUAGUACUAUGGUUUGGAUGGGACAGUUCGCCUCGCCACUGGAUGAAAACCUAGCGAACAUCUAUGGACAGCCAGUGCCCGCCGUGAUGGACGACAUCUCGCAGCCGUCUCCCUCUCUGGACAUGAACCCAGCGAUCGGAUCGCUGAUUGGGGACUACAGCGGCCACGUGACGGCAAUCCCGACACCCUCGGGUGGUCUGGCGACGAUUCCGAAUCCCGAUCUGGCCAUCACCAAUCCGGAGCUAUUCAACCUCCAGCAGCAACAGUUGCAGCUGCAACAACAGCUCAGUUUGGGUAAUUAUAGCUUUCUGGAGCAGAGUGGGCUUGCUGGGCAGCUGGCUGGAGCAGGCGCUGGCUCCGGUGGCGUUGUAGGUCACGAUGGGGAUGAUUCAACCGGUGCCACGAGGAUGAUCGACGACGACGACGAGGACGACCACCUGAACGAUGAAGAGCAUGCGAUGCAAACCUACGAACACUACCAAAGGAUGGUGGAAGCUGGAAGCGAAUUCCUCUCAGUCACCGGUCAGGAAAAUCUACUCGGGUACAAGCUGAUGAAUGAAGCGCAACUGCUGCAACCCCAGGGAAGUUUUCUAGAUUAUGAUGGCGGUGCCAAUGGGGAUGGUUCUUCGAGCCCAAUUCAUGAAGGCAUCAAAAUGGCAGGAAUGGCAGAACAGAUGGCAGCGGUUGCCAACGCGAUGGCGCCUGGUGCGUCGGGUAGGGGUCACGGGGGAGGAGGCCAGGACUCUAGUGGGCCAUCGGUUCGCUUUACGAACAAGAAAAUCAAACCGGUUAAACGACCCGGGCUAGUACUGAAGACGCCUAUCGCCUAUAAAGGUGAUAUCGAUCCAUCAGUGAUACCGAUUCAGCGCGAUGGAAUGGCAAUUUGUGAAAAGUGUGGUGCAAUAGGCGUGAAACAUUCGUUCUACACCAAGCAGCGCCGAUUCUGUAGCAUGAACUGUGCCCGCUCCUUCGACACGUUACGUUUGUACAACAGUUCUUCAUCGGCACCGUACGGCAAGUCGGCGGCAAUAGCAGCCAGUCUGGAGGAUAGCAUUCCCUCACUGGCAACACCCUCGGCACUGCCGCCCGAUCAACUGAUAGACGACUCUGCGGACGAAGAUUCUUCAAACACGGCGACGGCGAUUGCUGGCGCCGACGUUGACGUCGAUAGCAAGCAUCUCCUCCAACAGCAACUUGCCUUGCAACAACAGCAGCAGCAGCUUCAGCAGCAACAACAACAACUUCAGCAACAGUUUCAACACCAGCAGCAACAACAACAACAAGUACAAAACAUCAGCUAUAGAUUCAAGAUGUCUCAAGCUGGAAGCGACAAUAGCAACCACGGUGUACAUAGCGACAAAUCAAUCAGCCACGAAAUAGUUCCCCAGGACGAGGUCCCUCAGCUCCCGCGGGGAACUAGAUUGCCUUCACCGUGCCCUCAGGAUGAGCGUAUCAUCAGCAUCCGGCGGAAACCGCACGAGUUUAUCAAUUCGUUUGACUGGACUUCAUCGCUGGCGGAUGCGACCUUUUUCGCCGCUCCGGUAACAUGCUUCCGACACGCUCCAGGUUACGAGAUGUGGCCCAACGUGGUCAUCGGAAUGAAGGUCGAGGUGGAGAAUACCGACGUCGACCUGCAGCAGUCACUCGUCAGCGGUACGCCCCACUCGUUUUGGGUGGCCACCGUCCUCAGAAUCUGCGGCUACAAGGCUCUCCUGCGUUACGAAGGAUUCGACACGGAUUCGUCUAAAGACUUCUGGGUAAAUCUGUGCUCGUCCGAGGUGCACCCGGUCGGGUGGUGUGCAACGCGCGGCAAGCCUCUAAUUCCGCCGAAAAGUAUAGCCAAACCGUACAAAGACUGGAAAGAGUUUCUGGUGAAGCGUCUAUCCAAUGCGCGAACACUUCCAUCAACGUUCUACAACAAAAUAAGCGACAGCUUCAAGUCACGCUUUCGGGUGGGUUUAAACCUGGAAGUGGUAGACAAAAAUCGCAUCAGCCAGGUGAAGGUCGCCUCCAUCAACAAGAUCGUGGGCAAGCGAUUGUACGUGCGAUACUACGACAGUCCUCCGGAUGACAACGGGUUCUGGUGCCACGAAGAUUCCCCACUGAUUCAUCCGGUCGGGUGGGCCACAACCGUCGGACAUAACCUUGCCGCGCCCGAAGAGUACAUGGACCGAAUGAAUGCCGCCCGGGAUCAGAUUCUCGAACCGAACGAAGAUGACGCCACCAUGGACCUUUUCAAAACCAAUUUCCACUUUGAGGAGUACUACCUGGAGGGCAAGCAGACUGGCUUCGAGGAAGGUAUGAAACUGGAAGCCAUCGACCCGCUGAAUCUGUCGUCAAUUUGCGUGGCCACCGUUAUGUCGGUGCUCAAGUUCGGCUACAUCAUGAUCCGAAUUGAUUCGUACGAUCCGGAUGUCAGCGGGGCGGAUUGGUUCUGCUACCACGAGAAGUCGCCGUGCAUUUUCCCGGUUGGAUUCUGCAUAUCCAACCAGAUCACGUUGACGCCUCCGAAAGGAUACGAUCUGACGACAUUUACCUGGGAGCAAUACUUGGUGGACACGAACAGUAAACCGGCAACGGAGGAUCUGUUCCACCGGGACCCGAUCAGACAAAAGUUCAAGAUCGGAAUGAAGCUGGAAUCUGCCGAUCUGAUGGACCCAAGACUGAUUUGCGUGGCGACGAUUUCGCGCGUCGUUGGCCGGCUGCUAAAAGUGCACUUCGACGGCUGGGACGACGAGUACGACCAGUGGCUGGACAGCGAAAGCCCGGACAUCUACCCGAUCGGAUGGUGCGUGCUGGUGAGUCACAAACUGGAGGGACCGCGCAUACUGCCGAAAAUUCCGCCGCCGCAGAAAAUUUCCCCCAAGACGACCACCAAGAAGGGCAAACGGAAGAAAAAGGUUAUGAAGUUCGAGCUGGCCCCCACCGGAGACAUGCUUCCACUUCCGACGACGCGCACCGCAUUGGUCAAGAAAGAGCAUGAACAGUUCCAGCAGCAGAAGCUGCUUAGCACGAGCUCGGCCACGAUUCCCUACUCGAUAGGACAGCUGAACAGCAAUCUGGACCAGAAUCAGUACACCAACGCGACGGCGACGGUCGCCCUGGAAUCGUCUCACAGUAGAAGUACCGCAAGCGGAACUUCAUCGUCGCUCCUGUCGAUCAAGCAUGAACCUCCGCACGAAUCCAUGCUGGGGCCCAUCUUCGACCACUCCACCGAAAGCAUUGGCGUCGACGACGACGACAUGGGUGGGCUGAAAACGGAAGACGAGGACGGCGAAUCGAACAGUGCCACCGGAAAUCCCUCGUCCGCACCGUCGGAAAUCACCGACAUCGAGAUGGACAAAAUCAUUCCAAGGCUGAUCAACAACGAUAACGGGAGCAGCUCACCGGAGCCGGUUGGCGGCGGCCAAAUAGCGCCGGACAGUUGGGACGUAAAGGACGUGGCCAUGUUCCUGACGGCAAACGACUGUGCGAUGCACUGUGAACCCUUCAUGGCGCACGGCGUAGACGGCAAACGGCUCCUGCAGCUCAGCAAGGACGACAUCAUUACCCUGCUCAACAUGAAGGUAGGCCCCUCCCUGAAAAUCUACGAUCUCAUUCAGCAGUUGAAAUGCAAAAUCGACCCCAGCAAAUCGCGACUACUGAAGUCCAGUUUGGGGAAGAAGUAUUUGUAGUAGCAAUAAGGGGGGUGAAGCAGAGGGAGCUUGGGGAUGGCGCGGAAUGUCGUCGUCAGGGAAGGGGAUCAAAAUGCCCAAGAGUAUUAACUUAUUUCCUGUUCUUCAUUUGCUGCACCACCUGCUGGUUUAUUUAGGAUUCUUUUUCGUUUUUAUUAGUGGUUUUUUCGUCUAGCAAAGUUUAAAAGCUUUCUUUUUUACAAUUAUCAAAAGUACUCUUUCUGUUGUGAUGAAGCGAAUCAGUUUUUUAAUAGUGUCCAGGAGGAUUCCAAAGCUUUUGUGUCAAAAUUGAGGGAGUCAGAUUUGUGCGCUAGGUAUUGGAACCGCCAUUUCCAGUGAUCAUCGGAAUGCGAGGUAGAGGGGAAUCUUGAAAGCAAUGUACCAAAAAUAAGAACAAGAAGCAAACGACAGAACAAUGGGAAUGUAAUGGGACAAAGUGGCCAGAUGGUAGAGGACGAUGUGCGCGGUGAAUUCUUGCUCGAAUGGCUUAUAAAUAACAAUACAAAACAAAUCUGCAUAGAAAGUAUACACGCGAACUUGUAUAAAGGUAAACGCUAACGUAAAGUAGUAGUAUGAUGGUUCAGAAUUUAUUAGAAUAUCUUUUUUACGAAAAAAGAGAAAGUAAACAAGUAUAUUUAGCAUAGUGAAGAAAUGGAAAGAAAUACAAAUCAAAGAAGUGAUGUUUCUUGAGAAA